AUGGUUACCAAACGUGUGAAUGCACUUAUUGUCGCUAAUUCUCCACUAUUUAUUGGAGUUGAUCGAGUAGAAUACACGGAUCAGUCGUAUGGUAUGAUUAUACGGCUAAUUCGAUUGUCAUUAGAUCGCAUGAUGACGUCAGCUGAUUAUCAUAAUCAUCAACGUUCUCAUCAGCUAAAUGGAUCUGGCAGUGAUGAUAGUACAAAAAAUGUAGACGAUGAUUCUGAGUUACUUGAACUUGAAACAGCAUUGAAUGAUAUUGAAAAAGCAAUGGACAAAAUUGAAUCACAUAAUGAAAAGAUACAAAAUAAAUUACAUGACUUAUUAGAGUCAAAUAGACAAAUGGCAAAAGAGUUUACGGAUAUUCGACGAACAAUGAAUAAUAAAUUAAAAGAAGUUUCGUAUGAAUUAGAACAAGCACCGCAUAUUGCACACGAUUUAUCAUUAAGUACAAGUAGUGCAUUGACAAAAAUUGAGAAUGAAAUGUUAGAUUAG